CCAGCCUUGGCAAGUCUGCUGCUUCAAAACAAUGUCUGUCUAGAGCUUUACCGCUUUCAAUAAUUUAAAUGUGUCAGAAGUGACAUUUCCAGCGUCUGUGUAAGACAACCUGAUUGUGAUGGAUAGAUGACUUUAUAAGAGUUGUUUGUCAGAAGACAGUUGACUGCCAGGCCCGCGUUUCGCUGCCAAAAUGAGUGAUGUUGUGGAGAAGACGUUGACAGCUCUGCCGAGCCUCCUGUCUUUGGACUCCCAGCCCGGGUCUGCUAAACUGUCCUCCACCUCAAAACUAGGAAACCUUAUCAGGGGAAUAACUGAGCUAACGUCCAAGCAUGAGGAAGAGAAACUUAUUCAGCGUGAACUGUUGUCUAUCAAAGAGCAAGUGUCAUCCCCCAACACCACCAUGAGGCAGAUGAAGGAGCUCAUGGUGAGAACGAUCUACUGUGAAAUGUUGGGCUACGAGGCUUCGUUCAGCUAUAUUCAUGCCAUUAAACUGGCACAACAAGGCACUGUUCUGGAGAAGAGAGUGGGUUACCUCGCCGUUUCCUUGUUCCUCAAUGAAAGUCAUGAGCUGCUUCUACUCCUCGUAAACACAGUGUUAAAGGAUCUUCAGAGUACAAACCUCAUUGAAGUGUGCAUGGCUCUAACUGUUGUCAGCCAAGUGUUUCCCAAAGACAUGAUACCUGCCAUCCUCCCUCUGGUGGAGGAAAAACUCAAUCAUCCAAAAGAAAUCAUUCGAAGAAAAGCAGUCCUGGCGCUCUAUAAAUUCUACCUAAUUGCUCCGAAUCAAGUUCAAUACAUUCACAACAAGUUUCGUAAAGCUUUGUGUGACAAGGACCCUGGUGUGAUGACCGCUUCGCUACACAUCUACUUACAGAUGAUCCAGGAGAAUCCAGACGGUUACAAGGACCUAACGUCCAGUUUCGUCACCAUAUUGAAGCAGGUGGUGGGAGGAAAGCUGCCCAUGGAUUUUAACUACCACAGCGUUCCUGCUCCAUGGCUUCAGAUCCAGCUUCUCAGAAUACUCUCUUUACUAGGGAAAAACGACCAGGGUACAAGUGAGAUCAUGCAUGAAGUCCUCGACGAGUCUCUACGUAGAGCGGAGAUGAACCAUAACAUCACAUAUGCUAUUUUAUACGAGUGUGUAAAAUGUAUUUACACAAUCCAUCCCAAAUCGGAACUUUUGGAAAAAGCUGCAAAGUGUAUUGGUAACUUUGUUCUGUCACCGAAGAUAAAUCUAAAAUAUUUAGGCCUGAAGGCCCUCACCUACGUGGUCCAGCAGGAUCCUAAACUGGCCUUGCAGCAUCAGAUGACCAUCAUAGAGUGUCUUGAUCACUCUGACCUCAUUAUAAAGCGGGAGACGCUGGAGCUGCUCUUUCGCAUCACUAACGCCCAGAAUGUCACGGUCAUUGUGGAGAAGAUGCUGGAGUUUCUGCGCAUGAAUAAAGAUGAUCACACGACCACUGACUUGGUGGGGAAGGUGGCGGAACUGGCAGAGAAAUAUGCGCCAGACAAUGAAUGGUUCAUUGAGACCAUGAACACAGUGUUUUCGGUCGGUGGAGACACGAUGCAGCCUGACAUCCCAAACAGUUUCCUUAAGCUGCUGUCUGAGGGAUUUGACAGCGUGGAGGAGGUCAGGAAGUUGAGGCUGUUUGCUGUUAAUUCGUACAUUUCUCUGCUGCGAGGAGACCCUGGUAAACUGCCACAGCGCUUCCUCCAAGUCAUCAGCUGGGUCCUCGGGGAAUACUCUCACCUACGGGAGGAUGUGGACCCAGCCGUGGUUACGAGGCUGCUGGCCAAGCUGUUGGACAUGAAGAACAGCAGCAGUGAGACGAAGAGCUGGGUCCUCAUGGCGAUGACCAAGCUCUGUGAGGGCGGUGCAGGUGUUUCCGUGGCCAAGGAGGUGUCUGAAACAUACAGCAGCUCCCUGGACACAGUCCUGAGACAAAGAGCGCAGGAGCUGCAGUACCUCAGCCAAGACUCUGAACUACGAGCCAAAGUGUUACCUCGAGGUGUCGGUCUGGAGCAUGUGGAGGUGGAUUCCUCUCUGUCGUUCCUGGAUGGAUUCGUGUCGGAGGCGUUGGCUGCUGGCGCUGCUCCAUACAAACCUCCCCACCAACGGCAGGAGGAACUGGCUCGAUCCAAAGCGUUGAGCCUGGAGCCCUACGGGUUGUCCCUGCCUAUGAGCAUGUCCUCCUGCAGCAUCACCGACAGACAGUCUCCCACGCUGCUGUCCAUGAGCUCCGGUCUGUCGGGCGAUAGCACCGACCUCUCUCACAAAGGAGGUUCCACGACUCUGAAGCUGGAUGGGGUGAAGAGGGUGUGGGGCAAGGAGGGCUAUCUGGUCCAGAGAGAACCUGUAGAGGAAGCUGCUCGGGUCGAAGUUCCCAGUCCCCUCCGGUCUCCUGGCCAGCAGGGAGAAGGUGACACCUCACACAGCCAGACUCCGACUCCAACGCCGACCUCGGAGUGUGACCAAGAGAAACAGCAGCUGGCCUCUUCGCUUUUUCUCGGCCUCAGUUCCCAAAGCUCUGUGUGUCUGAUGGGGAAACCUGAGCCCCAGCGAUUUAGAAGAAAAGCCAAAGGUGAGGCUACGUCCUCGAGCACCAGCGAGCAAACGUCCAACUCCCUCGUCUCUCCUCCCAGCACAGUGGAUAACCUGCUGUGCAACAACCUCCUGGACUCCAACGCUUCACAGCUGGUCGUUUCUUCCCCCGAACGGACGUCUCAGCUCUCUCAGGACCUCACUAGCUCUAAUGGCACCUGGGACAGAGAAUCAGAGUUUACCAACAGCGACAUUAAGGAAAGUGACACGGCUCCCAUCAGGGAUAACUGUGUGGCUGUUCCACAUCAAGACAAAGACAGGCCUAAAGACUUAAGUCUCACGUCCCACCUUCCUGCGGAGCUCUCUGGGUUCUCUCACUCAGAAAUCAGUCCUCUGUGCACCGACCGAAGUCUGGACCUCUCAGCCUGUCACGUUCAGAAAGAGGAUUCCUUAGCGCUUGUUGUUUUUAUUGCCAACUCCUCUGACUCUGACAUUCAACAGAUGCUGCUGCAGGUCGACUCUGAAGAGCUUGAGAUAUCCCGUGUGUCUGAGGGUGAAAUGGAGAAGGUGUGCAGCCACAGUGUAGCAGUGUGUCACUAUUCCCUAAGUGUGAAGAGGCCUUCUGUUCACGUUGAAGUGACUGGGAUGGUGUCUUACCAGCUGUUGGAUGGGACGCCUCAUUCAGUGAACUUCUCAUACAAACUCCCUCUAGCGAGCUUCAUCAGACCUUUGAAGGUGUCCACUGAGGAAUACGGGACGAUGUGGCUGGCCUUCUCCCAUGACACCAAGCAGAAUUUGACUCUGAUAAGCGAUGGUCCGGAACCUCUCACAUCUACGCUGAAUGUGCUGAAGGAAAAACUGCAGCUUCAUGUUGUGGAGAUUAUAGGUGUGGAAGGUAUUGUGGCUUGCCGCCUCCUCCAGGAUCAACCGUGUCUGAUGCACUGUCGCGUGCACGCCGGCGCGCUGUCUGUGUGGCUACGCUCUCCAGUCCCCGACCUGCCUGACUGCCUCAUCUACCACUGUCAGAGAGCUUUACAGGAGCACUGAGGCCACUCGACUGCAACACCUCCGACACCACUAAGCAACUACACCACCGGACCUGGAGAGAAGGAAGUUGUGGCUUCACUUCAUUAUAUCACACUGCACUGUUUAGUUGCCUCUUUGACUGUGAGUUAUUCAGUAUGAUCUGGUUUUAUGUUCAUGAGUUGUGUUGUUUCUGAGUUCAGUUUUUGAAAGUCGCUGUUAUUAAGCUCAGGUCCAGAAGAAAGUGUGCGUACCUCGCUGUGGGUGGGUUCAAAGUAACACUAUUGUCUUAAAAUGGUGACGGGGCUCCAUGAUGACUGAAUGACUGACUUUACUGGGGUUAGUUGAUGAUGCUUUAUUUUUAUGAAUCUCCUUUAAAAUAAUCUUUAAAAAGGUAAAAAGAUCAAUUCCAAAUAUUUAUGUCUCCUGUGGUUCAGGUGCCAAACUGAGGCUAUUAUGUCCUGCUUUUUGAUUUGUGACCUGAGUCUGAAAAAAAAAGGUGAUAAGGUCUGGGCAAUAAGUCAAUAUUAUAGUUUUUGGAAUUUCAUAUCAUAUUAUGUUAGCAGUGGAUCAUUGUUUAUGGUUUUACACAUGAGUGAACAUUUCUUUUUUCUGAGACUUAUCAGAAAGUGUCAUCAUUGAGUUUUUUUUUUUUUUUUUACCAAUAAUACUCGGCCCUACUCCACAUAAAAAACACCAGCUUAGCGUCAGGCUUUCAUUUACCUGCUUGAUUAAAUCAGAAAUCUGUUCUGAUCUGACACAAUCUUGUUUUGCUUCGUAUGGAAAAGGCCCCAGAACAAAAUGACAAUUACUUGUAGCAUUUGAUUGUCUUACAACAAACCGUAAAUGACCAAUGAACAUCCAGUAUAAAACAAACACUGGCUCUAGAGGGCACCUUUUGCAUUUUUACAUUGAAACUAUCAUAUGUGGGAGAGUGGAGGGGGGUGCUUUCACUUGUUUUAAAUCUGCAACCUCACCACUAGAUGGCACUAACCUUUACACAUUGGUCCUUUAACAUACUCUACCUGUCUUCAUAGCAAAUAUACAAGUAGCUGCUGUCAAAAGCCAACCCAUUAGUCUUCACUGCUGAUGUUUCAGCAAAAAAGAGGUUUACAUUAAUUUGUCAAAAAGCUGACAUUUCAUUUAUUUCUCAGAUCAUGACAGUAUUUUGUCUUAAACGUGGCAGCGCUGAUCGCACUCCAUGUCGUCGUCAAUUUUUAAAAUGUUUUGGUUUUGCAGCAGUUGCCUUCUGUGUGAUUCAAUAUCUAUGCACUCAUCUUUCUGGCAAGUGAGUUUGUAAAGGGGUGGAUUUUAGUGGUCACUGGUUAUUAUAUUUUUGUAGCAAUGCAGUAUUAAAAACAUAUUUAUUGUGUGUAUAUUCUUACAGAAAAUGUUUUAUAUCCAUUUCACUGAAAGAAAAGAAAUCCUCAUGCCAGAUGUGGUUUUCAGUCUGUGUCAUGUUUCAGCCUGCCUGAAGGGAGAAUUGGAUUUAGUUUUUUUUGUUUUGUUUUGUUUUGUUUUCUCUUCUUCUACUGUGUCCUGAUAUGAGACGCUAUGGGACGCUAGCAAUGAAACUUUAACCCUACGCCUUAUGAUCUAAUGCCAAGACGGCGUGUUUGGUUUGUGCCUAUGGUACAGAGAAAAGUCCAUGUUUAUUGGAGUGCCUGUCACUACUUUCUGCUAACUUAUGAAUAAAUUCAACACAUGUAACUUAA